AUGAACGCUGGAACUACGCAAAAAGCCCCCAAGACCCCAAAACCAACAGCCUCCGUGCCAAUUGUCCAAAAUAAACGCUGGCCCCCCAUGGCAAACCGAAAUGCCCUUCCCUACAAGCUCACACAUAUCUCGAAAGAGAAACUUGCCCGUGAAGCCACCGCACCAGAUCCCGAUCUCCGCCGCUGCGUGGCUCACUUCCGCCUGCACUGUGGUUCAGUCAUGUGGACCGAGAAUGAUAUGAAGUCUCGUAUCAGCUCAUUCGACUUCGAAGAUACCGAUGAGGAAGACGACAUGGAUGAAAUCAGCAACAAAGAACUCCCUGUCCUCAAGAACAGAGCCCCAUCCAACGAGUCUACAUCCGAAGUUACCGAACAAUUAUCAUACAAAUCAAAAUCAGAGCCCGUCGCAGAGCCCGUCGCUGUUGCGGCACCCCCGACAUCUCCAUCCACUGAAAAUUCUUCCGAGCAUGGUUUUUUGGAAAAGGGUCGCAAUUGUCUUGAGGCGACCUCCAAACACCUAUGGACAGGGGGCUCCUGCAUGGUUGCCCCAAUGGCGGGAUGA